AUGUACAUCAUUGCCUGUCUAAGGAAAGGGAUUGUGGUCUCCAUAACAACAUCCUGUUCUCUUGCAGACAUUGUCAGGCAGCUUGUGGCUGUAUCCCCAAAGAUGACGCAAUAUGACGUAAGGCACAAUUGAACAGAUAACUAUUAAAAAGAAGUAUUUUGAUCAUUUUAAGACGCCUCAUAACUUUUCGAAUUUAUCCGUUUAUAUAUACCAUUUGGCCGACAAUUAAAGGAAAGUGUUCCACUUGUCCUAAAUGCUUAGUUACUUUAAACCAAUCCAUUGGUAAUUUAUCAUUUUGUUUACAGUCAAAAGAAAGUGUCAUCUUUGUCUUUAAUAAACCUCUUCUUGCCGAUGGGGGACCUUACGAGGCCGAGUUCAAAGGUCAACACCACUGCCUCAGAGUACCUGCAGUGUUACUGAACAGCUGUACACUUCAGGCGCAAGCACCAGGUAAAGUUCCUUGCUGAUGUCCGUAGAGAUGAUAUGAUAAGAUAAAACUUUUGUUACUUUCGCGACCAAGCCCAGGGUAUUGCAAGUAAACUAAGCGAUAAUUAUGGAAAAUUUUAAUCAAGAAGUCGAUUCACUCAGAAAAACAUGGAGGGAAAUAGAAGAACAGAGAAGAGGAAACCCUGAUUUACUGGGGGGAGAUAUUGGUGCAGACAAAUGUUCAUCGCAACAUUACUUUAAAUGUCUCAUUGGGUUCUAUCUAAUCAAGCUAAAGAUAUCAAACCAAAGUUAUUAGAACCAAAGUCGAUCCAGUACCACUUUCAACACUCAACUAAAAAUUUUUUGCUUAAGUCUACGGCCAUUUUCUCUCAAAACAUCAACAAGUUAUUGUUAUUUUUCAAUUCUGUUGCAGUCUAUUAUCCCCCAGAAACCACGACUGUUAGCAUUUACGACAAACUAAAACAGCAUGAACCCUCUAUCGCUCGAUGCUCUUUUGAGUUUUUCGCUCGAGGUCAACUCCUUCAGGAAUUAUUAGAAAAAGCAAGUGAUCCAGAUAUGCUACUUUGUGAUUCUCUUGGAGUUUCUUCAACUGAUCUCAAAACGUUUGACGACGUUAUUGCCGGAAAACUGAAGGAGAAAGCUCCUGAAGGAUUCAAACUGCUCAAGAUGGCGCAAGAAAGAGGUUGGUUUGGUUUUUAUAAUUGUAACAAGCUGGUUUGUCGAAGCAUAUUAAUCAGAUAUGUGAUGAAAUAAUUUUCUAGCAACGUGUAAACUUUUCCUCUGUCAUCGUCGCUUGUUUCCUUCGCAAAGUUCCCUAGAGAUUUUAAGACCCUAUUCAUUUUUUCUUAUCUCUCCUCAGGUCCUCCUGUGUCAAAUACUAGGUUCCCAACUCUACUUCACCUUGGUGCGACUUACGGACUAACAUUAACUGUAGCAGCGUGCCUGCACUACUGCCCAGCGGCACACCAGGCAUGCUUGCUCAAGAAUGUAGACGGCAACACACCCAUUGAAAUAUCUCGAAAACUUGGAAGCCACGAAAUAACGAAGUGUCUUCAAGAUUUCCAGGUAACCAGUAAAAUUUUGGACAAAGAGUUGAUAAUGAAUGAUCUAAUGGUUAUAACAUGCAUACUUCGAUCAUCUAUAACUGGACAACGUUCUGCUUGCAAAUGGUUAGACGUAUUUCUGAACAUUUUUCCUUUCUUUGGAAGGAGGAUUAUCAAUUUUACCCUUUCUUUCAUAAGAAAAGAAUUUCUUCUGUUCCCUUCAAUAAGGACAGCAAAACUUUUUGCAACAGUACCGGGGAUACCUGUUCAUGUGACAACGAGUGCACAGCACGAAAAAUUUAACUUAACGUAUACAGGGCAAAAAUGCGGGUAAAAAAAUUGAAACCACAAAUUUUUAUUUUUGAUCUUGAUUAUGAGAUGUAAAUAAAAUUGGCAGCCAAGUAAGACCUUCAAGGAGAAACAAUUUUUUAAGUUCCUCGUUUGUAAUCCAACUCCAUUCUAGAUAAUCUGUGUUUCCUCUUGGUUUUGUAAUUACCUCUUUAGCGAUAUCAUAUUUCAGGCUAACUGUGCCUAUAUUCUACCAGAAGAUUUCGUCAAUUUACAUCGUAAGAGUUAGCAUGGGAGAGGGUUCUCUUGAGUGACCACAGAAUCUGUCAGUUCUGUUUGUUUUGUUUCGUUUCCUUUCAGUCAAACAAAUGUUUCCUCAAAAAUAACAAUCAGCUCGGAAAAGAGGGAGUUUUUAAUGAUAAUGACGAAAAUGAAGACAUUUACAUGGAGAUGCGUCCAAGCAUGGCUCUAGAUAAAAUUGAUAGAGAGCAUGACUAUGUAAGGAUGCCAGAAAUUGGAACCAACACAAACCGUGAGUAAACAUUAGGAUAAAAGAUGACCAACUUUCAAUCGAGUAUCUAAUAAGACGAGGCGGAAAAGAAGAAGGUUUUUAAUUCUUGUGACUUGCGAGAGACAUAGAAAAAUUAUGAGUCCUCAUAGGUUAUCGAACCUCAGACCUUCGGAUUCCGCGCUCUAAUGCUCUGCCACUGAGCCCCAGAGGCUCUAUGAUAAGUUGGGUCAACUUGAGUAUGUUCAUAUCUUGGUUUUAAAUUUCCUUUAUUUUGCGUUAAUUCGUUCUGUGUUUGGUAAAAAAAUAAAAACUGGCAUAAACCACUAAGUGUAAUAGUAUAGUUUGAUCGUCCGGUUGAGUGUAGUGCUGAGAAACUCUGUUAUCGGUGGUGGUGACUGACGUUUCGACAACCUGAGCGGAAGUCGUCAUCAGACUCGAGUGACACUUGACUUUGAUGAUGACUUCCGCUCAACAGGUUGUCGAAACGUCAGUCACCACCACCGACAACAGUCCUUCUCAGGAAUACCCUCACCUAGACGAUCAAAAUACACUUUUACAUGUUACCUACGGGUUCAAACCAUUGACUGUAUAAACCACUAAGAUGCAAAACUAAAACAAAUCGUGGCAUCCUCACACGCCUUCCCUACGCUCCACUGAGAAAGUCGCCAUGUUUUUCCUUGGUCGUUAUGAUCACUUCAGUUUUCGUGGUAGGUUAGUCAAUAUGACGUCAUAGUUGACGUCUAGAUGAUGCCAUUGAUGCCUUUUGACGACGUCAUAAUGAUUAUACGAUGUUACGAGUUUAAUUUUCCUUCUUUCUGAAUGCAUGUUUCAAACAGCGAUUUUGAUGACUCCCGAACUUCAAAGUGCAGUUUCGUUAGCAGAGAACGCAAUUAGACUUGGCUGGCUGAAAGGUGAUUUCGAUGAAGCAACGUUCAACGCGUUCAGACAGAUUAUUGAAAGAGGUACCGAGGAGGUAAUUAAUACAAAAUUUGUCCUUACUUCCAGCUGUGCCUCUGAAUGGAAUUGUCCUUUAGCAAUACCUUAAGAGGACUUUCGAUAACUAUUCCUGUCUGAAUUAGUCUUUUUAAAUCACCAGAUUCCAAAGGAUUCGAAAGAACUGCGGAAAGAUAUUGAAGGAAUAAAAUGUUCAACGUGUCAAUGUUUUGCAAUUCAUGCUAUUGUGAAAAGACGCCUUAACUCUUUUUCUUCUUUAUAGCAAGUUGACGAUCCGACCUACUCACUACCACGUGACCUAGGCCCGGUCUUACCGCCAAGAUCCAACCGCCUCAGCAAUAAGCGACAUUCUAUACAUGAUAUACCAAAUUCUGCCCCACCGCUACCACCAAGAUCUCCUGGCUCAGUUAAAUCACCACAAUUCCUCUUGGGUAUGUAAUUAACUGUUUAAAAUAAUUUAUGUGUUGUUCGGUGGCUGCGUCACCAUCUGCCAUCUGCAUAAAUGUUUUCGAAAUCGGACGGUCUAGUCAACUUUAUCGAUGGAAAAAAAUUACUGAUAAAAAGAUUGUUUAAUAACAGAUGAUAAGCAUCAAAAACGGAUGCAAGUGUGCAAAGCAGACGGUUUCGUCGAAAAACAGAAACUAGGCGAGUGUCCAAAGUCAGACCGUAUCGUUCCAAAAACGAACAAAGGUGUCCAAAAUCAGACGGUACCGCCCGAAAAUGGACUUCAGUGUAUCGUCCAAAAAAAGUACGGUCACGUCAAAAAACGAACAAAGGUGUCCAAAAUCAGACGGUACCGUCCGAAAACGGACUCAAGUGUAUUAAAUCAGGCAAUACCGUACAAAAUCGGACACUAAAGUCCAAAAUCAGCGAAUACCGACUGCAAACAAACACAAGGGUCCAAUACCGAUAGAAACCGUCCGAAAAGGAACGCAAGCUUUUGAAAUCACACAGUAACGUCUAAAAAAGAACACGAAUGGCCGAAAUGGGACGGCACCGUUCGAGAACAGAUGCAAGGGUUAGAAAUUGGAUAGUACUGUACGAAAACAACUAUUUCUUUCCCACUAACAUUGCAGGUCACCAAACUGAAAGACGUGGAUCCGAUCCAAGCGUAAGUUCUCUCAAAAUGUUUUGUCUCGAUUAGCUUAUGUAUGAAAACUUACAAACUCUCAUUACGUUCAAAUUUAGCGAACGUUUAAAACUUCGGCUACUAGUGCUUCAACAGUUAAACUAACUUUGCAUUACGUCGGUACUGUUGUUAAAAUUAUUUAUUGUCGUAUGUAACUAUGGUAAAGCUACAAUCACUAGCUGUACUUAGGAAGGUUUCAUCUUCGUUUUCUUUUUUUUCAAGAUUUUUCACAGAAUGCAGCCCAAUUUCGCGGAGUAAGUAUAUGAUUGUGAUAUUUCAAAAUAUCUUCCUGUUUUAAAGCUGCUAAAGGGAUGAAACAUAGGGUGCGAAUUGUAAGGUUCAGAUAACCAUGCAAUUAUAUCUGCCUUAUUUAUUCAGCAAACUGACAAUUUGUGAAGAAAAUGGCACAAUACAUCAACCAAGGAAUGAUUCACCUCCGAAGCUACCAGCUAAGACAAGGAGUCCUCUUUCUGCCAUCCAAGGUAAAUUUCUGAACACGUGGUUAACUAGAGCCUAUAUGAUUGCUGUAGAAUGAAGAGUUACAAUGAUUCCUUCUCACUUCCAAGUGGAUGUUAGUUCAUUGCAAGUUGCCCUUCUUCUUUGUCAUCUACAAGUAAACAGUUGUCACCUGGACUUCCGGGUGUUGAGGCAUUCUGACGAAAGUGUACUGCCUAAAGAUUUAAAACAUUGAUCCAGCAUGGGCCCUGACUACUAAAAAAAUUAAAAAUAACAAGUGACUAGUUUGUAAAUCUGACAGAUCUCUGAUGUGCUUUUGUAUUUUUUUUACCUGACCAUGAAAAGCGUUCAAUAACAUUCCAACUAAAAAGUUCGCACGAAUUUAUUCCGUCACAAAGUGAGAAAGCAAAAACAAAAGAUUUUGCACACACAUGAAUUGAAGAACCAUUUUUCCUAGUUUUCCAGACGAGUCAUUACUACUGAUUAUGCAUAAACCCAUCCACGUGUGAAUUAAAUCUCAGUGCUUAUCGCAUACAGGGGCACAGCACCAUCUCCCUGGUGGAUUCCUUAGUCCAAAGUCUUCUUCCAAUGAUGCCACUUCGAUGGGUCUUUCGCCCAGGCUUCCACCGCGCAAUCCGAAACUAAGAUCCAAGACACGUUCUGCCAGUUGUGAAGCCGACUUAACAGUGCAGAAUCUAGCAAGGAAUCGU